GGGCCUGGGCUGCGGUGCUGGAGCAGGUGCAGGAGGCGCGCGCCAAGGCCCGGCUCAAGCAGCUCUCGUUCGCCGGGAUGAGCGGGCUGCGGGUGCUGGGCAUGCACCACGACGCCGUCGUCUUCCUGCUGGAGCAGCUCCCGGGUGCCGGCUCCUGCUCCCGGUACCGCUUCCGGUACCACCCGCGCCGGGAGCGGGGCCCCCCCCACAGCCCCCCCCACAACCCCUCCGGCUGCGCCCGUGCCGAGCUCUACCUGCGCAAAUGCACCUUCGACAUGUUCAGCUUCCUGGCGUCCCAGCACCGCACCCUGCCCGAGGGGCCCCCUCCCCGCGAGGACGAGGAGGACGAGGUGCAGCUCAAACCCACACGCCGUGCCACCAGCCUGGAGCUGCCCAUGGCCAUGCGCUUCCGGCACCUCAAGAGGACGGCGAAGGAGGCGGUCGGGGUCUAUCGCUCGGCCAUCCACGGCCGGGGCCUGUUCUGCAAGCGGAACAUCGAGGCCGGGGAGAUGGUGAUCGAGUACUCGGGCAUCGUCGUGCGCUCCGUGCUCACCGACAAGAGGGAGAAGUUCUACGACAGCAAGGGCAUCGGGUGCUACAUGUUCCGCAUGGACGCGGCGGAGGUGGUGGACGCCACGAUGCACGGCAGCGCGGCGCGGUUCAUCAACCACUCCUGCGAGCCCAACUGCUACUCGCGGGUGAUCCAGGUGGAGGGCGCCAAGCACAUCGUCAUCUUCGCGCUGCGCCGCAUCCUGCGCGGCGAGGAGCUCACCUACGACUACAAGUUCCCCAUCGAGGAGCCCGCCGCCAAGCUGCCCUGCAACUGCGGCGCCCGCCGAUGCCGGCGCUUCCUCAACUGAGGGGCAGUGG